AUGAAAUACGUGAUUGCAGUGUGUUUGCUUGGAUCGACACUCGGAUGGGGCCAUCGUCAGGGUGGAGGUGGAUUCGGUCAACAGAACUUUGGCCAACAGGGCUUCGGUCAACAAGGCUUUGGCGGUUUUAAAUCACAAGUUGCCUAUGCGAAUCCCUUUCCAUUCCUCAAUGAAGUCAACAAUGAAAAUUGUGUUCAAAGUUACUUCCAAAUCCAAUUCAAUCCCAACAUGACUCUCGCCAACAUUGAGACCAAUUUGACUACAUGGGCUCAACAAUGUGGAGUAGCGACUCAAUAUGGAGAAUUUGUGGCCAAUUUGACCAAAUUCGAGGCUGAUCUCAGGGUGAAUGUCACCCGAAUUGUGAGCAACCUUCCACAAACUCUCCAACAACUUGAGGAAAUUUUCAACAACACUGACCAGACCUGGACGGAUAUCGGCACAAAAUAUGAGGCUUUCAUUCAAAAUCUUCUCACAACCGAGCCGCAAAUGAUCCGCGUGAUCUUCGCUUUGCUUCCAAUGGGUGGAAGAGGAGGACGCGGGCAUGGAAUGAAGGGUGGAUUCUCGGGACGGGGUGGUCGAGGAGGCCAAGGAGGCCAAGGAGGUUUCGGAGGAUUCCAGGGUGGUUUCCCCGGCAAUCAAGGUGGAUUCCCGGGUGGAAAUCAAGGCGGAAACCAAGGUGGAUUCUCAAACAAUCAACAAGGCGGCUUCUUUGGCGGAAAUCAAGGCGGAUUCCAAGCUGGACCUGGCGGCUUUAGUAACCAAGGACAAGGUCAAGGACAAGGCCAAGGACAAGGCCAAGGACAAGGACAAGGCCAAGGACAAGGUCAAGGACAAGGACAAGGACAAGGCCAACAACAGGGUGGCUUCGACAACCUUCGACCUUUCCAAAAUGGUGGUGGAAACGGUUUCUUCCGUGUU